UGACAGCGUAGCAUACGCCGUUUGAUUUUUUGUGUGCAGCAUGGAGAUCACAUUCCUGAGCCCUAACAGGCCAGUUUGGACGCGCGUGCCGGCUCCUGUGCGCCGAGGUCUGGCUGCAAGCUCCCAGCCCGUGGCAGUCACGAGGAGCACAGCCUCGGGAUGCAGGGCCGGCCUGGCAGCUCUGGCAGCUCUGGUGCUUGCCGCGCCAAGGGCCCGGAAUCGGGCCCCGGGCCGUACAGGGCGCCAGGCAGCUACUGCCACAGACCUGGACCUAGACAUUGUAGUGAAGAAGAAGACAGGAAAGAAGGUUGAGGCGGAAGAUGAGACCAAGACCUCCAGGGACAUGUGGGUGGUUCUGGUGCACGCGCCCAUUAGGAAUUGCAAGAUGCCGUGGUGCAAGAUUCCCGGACUGCGCCGGGUGAUUUGCACUUGUCUCAAGGAUGGUGUUGAACCCGGAGCGGGGAUCAGAUCCAAGGACGGAAAGUGCGCAUUGACGCUUGAGCAGUACGCGGAGGUGCUGUCGGAGGGCGUGCCCCUGCUGACAAGGGGCAAAGCCUACGAGGUGUCCAGCCGGUUGUUUGAGAGCGCCAUGGCAAACCCAGUUGGGACUGCCGUAGUCAUCAACUCCUUCAAGAAGGCCGCCGAGGAAUAUCACGAGCGCCUGACCAACCUUGGGCUGUGGGUGUCUGUGGCGCCUGUGGAUCGCGACUAGCGUGGGGCAUGGCUCGUGGUGGAGCUGAU